AUGAUUGCAGAAGGGGUGGCAGAAGGGGCUGGAACUGAGGCAGGUGUGGCAGAAGCAGGGGCCGAUGCUGGAGCAGGUGUGGCAGAUGCAGGGGCCAAUGCUGGAGCAGGUGUGGCAGAUACAGGGGCCAAUGCUGGGGUAGGUGUGGCAGAUACAGGGGCCAAUGCUGGGGUAGGUGUGGCAGAUGCAGGGGCCAAUGCCGGAGCAGGUGUGGCAGAUACAGGGGCCAAUGCUGGAGCAGGUGUGGCAGAUACAGGGGCCAAUGCUGGGGUAGGUGUGGCAGAUACAGGGGCCAAUGCUGGAGCAGGUGUGGCAGAUACAGGGGCCAAUGCUGGAGCAAGUGUGGCAGAUACAGGGGCCAAUGCUGGAGCAAGUGUGGCAGAUACAGGGGCCAAUGCUGGGGUAGAUGUGGCAGAUGCAGGGGCUGAUUCUGCAGUAGGUGUGGCAGAUGCAGGGGCUGAUUCUGGGGCAGGUGUGACAGCUAUAGAGGCCGAUGCUGGAGCAAGUGCGGCAGAUACAGGGGCCAAUGCUGGAGCAAGUGUGGCAGAUACAGGGGCCAAUGCUGGAGCAAGUGUGGCAGAUGCAAGGGCCAAUGCUGGGGUAGGUGUGGCAGAUGCAGGGGCUGAUUCUGCAGUAGGUGUGGCAGAUGCAGGGGCUGAUUCUGGGGCAGGUGUGACAGCUAUAGAGGCCGAUGCUGGAGCAAGUGCGGCAGAUACAGGGGCCAAUGCUGGAGCAAGUGCAGCAGAUACAGGGGCCAAUGCUGGAGCAAGUGUGGCAGAUACAGGGGCCAAUGCCGGAGCAAGUGUGGCAGAUGCAAGGGCCAAUGCUGGGGUAGCUGUGGCAGAUGCAGGGGCCAAUGCCGGAGCAGGUGUGGCAGAUACAGGGGCCAAUGCUGGAGCAGGUGUGGCAGAUACAGGGGCCAAUGCUGGGGUAGGUGUGGCAGAUACAGGGGCCAAUGCUGGAGCAAGUGUGGCAGAUACAGGGGCCAAUGCUGGAGCAAGUGUGGCAGAUACAGGGGCCAAUGCUGGAGCAAGUGUGGCAGAUACAGGGGCCAAUGCCGGAGCAAGUGUGGCAGAUGCAAAGGCCAAUGCUGGGGUAGGUGUGGCAGAUGCAGGGGCUGAUUCUGCAGUAGGUGUGGCAGAUGCAGGGGCUGAUUCUGGGGCAGGUGUGACAGCUAUAGAGGCCGAUGCUGCAGCAAGUGCGGCAGAUACAGGGGCUAAUGCUGGAGCAAGUGUGGCAGAUGCAAGGGCCAAUGCUGGGGUAGGUGUGGCAGAUGCAGGGGCUGAUUCUGCAGCAGGUGUGGAAGAUGCAGGGGCUGAUUCUGGGGCAGGUGUGACAGCUAUAGGGGCCGAUGCUGGAGCAAGUGCGGCAGAUACAGGGGCCAAUGCUGGAGCAAGUGCAGCAGAUACAGGGGCCAAUGCUGGAGCAAGUGUGGCAGAUACAGGGGCCAAUGCCGGAGCAAGUGUGGCAGAUGCAAGGGCCAAUGCUGGGGUAGCUGUGGCAGAUGCAGGGGCCAAUGCCGGAGCAGGUGUGGCAGAUACGGGGGCCAAUGCUGGAGCAGGUGUGGCAGAUACAGGGGCCAAUGCUGGGGUAGGUGUGGCAGAUACAGGGGCCAAUGCUGGAGCAAGUGUGGCAGAUACAGGGGCCAAUGCUGGAGCAAGUGUGGCAGAUACAGGGGCCAAUGCUGGAGCAAGUGUGGCAGAUACAGGGGCCAAUGCCGGAGCAAGUGUGGCAGAUGCAAAGGCCAAUGCUGGGGUAGGUGUGGCAGAUGCAGGGGCUGAUUCUGGGGCAGGUGUGACAGCUAUAGAGGCCGAUGCUGGAGCAAGUGCGGCAGAUACAGGGGCCAAUGCUGGAGCAAGUGCAGCAGAUACAGGGGCCAAUGCUGGAGCAAGUGUGGCAGAUACAGGGGCCAAUGCCGGAGCAAGUGUGGCAGAUGCAAGGGCCAAUGCUGGGGUAGGUGUGGCAGAUGCAGGGGCCAAUGCCGGAGCAGGUGUGGCAGAUACAGGGGCCAAUGCUGGGGUAGGUGUGGCAGAUACAGGGGCCAAUGCUGGAGCAAGUGUGGCAGAUACAGGGGCCAAUGCUGGAGCAAGUGUGGCAGAUACAGGGGCCAAUGCUGGAGCAAGUGUGGCAGAUACAGGGGCCAAUGCCGGAGCAAGUGUGGCAGAUGCAAAGGCCAAUGCUGGGGUAGGUGUGGCAGAUGCAGGGGCUGAUUCUGCAGUAGGUGUGGCAGAUGCAGGGGCUGAUUCUGGGGCAGGUGUGACAGCUAUAGAGGCCGAUGCUGGAGCAAGUGCGGCAGAUACAGGGGCCAAUGCUGGAGCAAAUGCGGCAGAUGCAAGGGCCAAUGCUGGGGUAGGUGUGGCAGAUGCAGGGGCUGAUUCUGCAGCAGGUGUGGAAGAUGCAGGGGCUGAUUCUGCAGCAGGUGUGGAAGAUGCAGGGGCUGAUUCUGGGGCAGGUGUGACAGCUAUAGGGGCCGAUGCUGGAGCAAGUGCGGCAGAUACAGGGGCCAAUGCUGGAGCAAGUGCAGCAGAUACAGGGGCCAAUGCUGGAGCAAGUGUGGCAGAUACAGGGGCCAAUGCCGGAGCAAGUGUGGCAGAUGCAAGGGCCAAUGCUGGGGUAGGUGUGGCAGAUGCAGGGGCUGAUUCUGCAGUAGGUGUGGCAGAUGCAGGGGCUGAUUCUGGGGCAGGCCGUGCCAGUGUGGACACAACCACAGGAGUGUUGGAGAUCAGCAACAUGAUGAAGACUGACAGCGGUCAGUGGAGUUCAGACAGUUGUUUCCUGAGCUGUGGUGGAGACAUUACAGAGGCUGGACAGGUCACAUUUUAUUUUAUGAAGGGAGAUGGAGAUUGGGAGGAGAGAGAGCAGAACAUUAAAGUCAUGAAUGAUGAGGACACAUAGGCUGUCCCAACGUUCUCCUGCCGGAUGAAGAACCCACUUGGUGAAACAGACAGUGAAUCCGUGGACAAUCCGUUCUAUGUGGGUUCCAACACUGGAGUGAUUGUGGGUUUUAUUGUUGAGUCCUUGCUGUGGUUGGUGCUGCAGCUGGUGGUGCGUACUAUCAUCGCCUUGCAGACCAGCCAGAGGAAGCACCACUCCUUGGACAGCAGCCCUGAUAUGAAAAAUGUUCAUGAAGCUGUGAAUCUCCAUAUAAUAUCCCGUCAGAGCUUCCUGUUGCUAGCUUGAUUUGUUCUUUCAACAUCCUGCCUUGUGCCUUCCAAAAAGACCAAAGUCAAAGAACAAAGCAAGAAAAGUAUGAUUGAAUUGUUUUUCACGCUGUUACUAGUAAAAGUUAUGCAGAAAGUGCAUAAAAUCAAGUGCCAAAAGUAGAUGUACUACUUUUGUAAAUUAUCCUGUUUUCAGUGAUGCUUCAUGGGUGUUCAUGGAGACAAUGUGCCGGUUUGUUGCCAUAUUUCAGUGAGAUUGGUUCUAUUUUUCAUUUAGAAAAACUCUAAACAUAGUGGGAUGAGGCA